GAAAAAGUGUUAUGCAUUCUACGGCCUGCCGCUGCUGGUCCUAGGAGCGCGAGUGCUGUUCUUGAGUUUUUCCUCCUUUUUCGGUUUACGGCCGUACCAACGGCACCGUCAAUCAGGCUGGCCCCCGUGCUACCGAGCAAUACAUACAAGAACGAACGAAUUUCAAUCCAAUCGAGACCGACGUCUGUGAGUGCCUGCACAGGAUUGCGGAAAAUAGGAAAAAGCUCCCCGACGAAGAAGUUUAACGAAAAACCCCAAAGCGACGAAAAACGGCAAAAAAAAACAUUCCGUUUCAAGAUCUGUCACAGCCACUGGGAACGUUUAGAAAUUCCGUGUGAUUACGUGAUACCUACCAUCCCGUACAGUUUUCGCCCGAGUGAUACGUAUCGAGCGCGCGUUGAAUUCCGUCGCCCUUUUCGAAUACGGCCUACACAGUGGCACGGCCUUUGCUCCUGUACGGAUCUACUUCCCCGUAACCCCAGUCCAGGAGCGCCAAGGAUCCGUGCGAAGCACUGAAACUUUCGAAACGGAAAUACGCGACGGACGGCGGCCUCGAACCCUUCCGGUGCCCUCCAUGUGAUACGAAUGCAACAAAACGGUCAAAUUAUAGUGAAACGAUAAUAGUGAAUACACGCUACCCAAAAACCAACCAACCACUCCCUCCUCACCUCACAAAAACAGACACGCACACACGCCUCGGUGUCCUUCGAAAAACGCGUCUGGUACCGCGUCUGGGUUGUCGGAAAACCACUUCAGCUGUAGGAAUCGCCGAGCAACAAACAGAAUCGCGCCUCGGAAAGCGAUACAAGGAAAAUCGAUACGAAGCGAACGAAACAAGUGCAAACACAUGCGGUUUAACAGUGAAUAACUAAUAAUCGUUUACUACCUGGCAAAUGAUAACACCAAACUUCUGGUCACUUCCAGUAAUCUUAACUUCACGCGUGUAGAUACUACUAGCGGACGAGCAAAAGCUCCGCAGAGCCGAGGACUACGUUUACUUGCGAGGACACACCAAACCAACAACAAUUAGCGUUAGUAAACUCAUUGUGAUAGUGAAAUGCCUCCUCUCAGUGAUGUCGUUUGAUUGAUUGUUUAUUUCAUCCUGUGCGUCUGUGCGUGCGUGCGUGUGUGUGUAUUUUAUUGUCGCUUGUCGCCUUGUGACCGUAUCUGUCGCCUUUUUAACUUCGUGCGUAUGAAAGGUGCAAAACAGGAGCAAUAAACGGUGCGAAACCUCCCGCCAAGUGUGCAGUGUGCUGUGACAAACCGCCGAACGAAGCAAUCCAAGGAGACGACACGACUGCCCUUACUGUCUAGCCAAAAAACCCUAAGAUAACAGCAACAACAAGCUAAACCACAACCAGCGACCAGCACGACCGUUAAUAUUUGAUUGUGCAGUAUUACUCGUUUCCCACCACACCUAAGUAAGUAGUAUUAGUAGGUUCCCAUCUAUCACGGAAGAUCUAUUACCACUGUGCUACUGUGUUAUCCAAUACUACUUUUACCACGUGUGUGUGUUUGUGUGUGGUUUGCCGCUACCAUAACACCACAUCCCACCCAGCAGAACGGAAUCGAUUCCCAAACUCUCGAGAGAUAUACCCAGUAGUGUUCCAGUGUGUUUGUGUGUGAGUGUGCUAUUGUUUUAUCCCGCCUUUUGCCGUGUUUUCUUGAGCAACUACUCCUCCGUCUAUUCUCCCGUCUAUCCCACUGAUUCUUCGUCACGCUAAAUUUUCGCCAUUGGUUCGUCUCUUGUCCGUGAGGAUAUUUCGCGUGCGAUAAACGAUCCCAACGGUUCCCCCCACGGUGCACAUGCAUAGGACGAAACAAUCGAUAUCAUCUCCGUGGCUCUCAAACAGGCAGGCAGGCAUCGCUAUCCUUGCUCCAACCAUCAUCACACAGCAGGAGCACUAGCAGUAGUAGCCUGUGAAUCGUUAAGGAAACCAUUUUGAGAAGUGUGCGUGUGUGCGUUGUUAAAGCUUGUGCCUGCUUUUCGCAUUGUUCAAUAAGGAGCGAGGAGUGAUUGAUCAUGAUCUUGACGAUGAUGAUGACGAUGAUACUGUACAAAACGGGGUAAAGAGCAGUGUACGUAUACGCCGCUCACAACUGGUGUCGGGCGGGACCUUCCAACCAAGAUUCUAUUGUGUCCCACGGCGCACUUGUACCCGCAAUAGAAGGGAUAGUGUCGAUGGUCGUCAGUCCCGAACACUUCCGAGCGUGGCAACGCUGCUAAGGUGGAGGCAUAGCCCAUACGUGUGCAGGAAAAACUAGAAAAAAACCGUCAAAAAUCAAGAUAUAAGAAGGUGUGUGCGAGCGAAAAAGAGAGAGAGAGAGAGAGCUUGAGCGGGAAGAAAAAAUCAGAUCAAAAGCUCAUCGAGAUGGAAAGAUGUACUUGUGAGGAUACGGCACGAGUACGGAUUUAUUAAGGACGGACACUUGCAGCCAAACUGACUUCCGGCGCUGUGGAUGUGUUGAAAGAUGCCUUUAGAAAAUUGUAAGCGUAAGGUACACUGUACUGGCGACUACUGCAGCAAUCACAUUUUAAGCAGGAUUACACGUAUUCUAUCCCCGUCAUCCGUUCAUCUAGUGUAGAUGUGUGAAAAUGCCUUUUAAAAACUUUCAACGACGGGUUAGUGGUCCUGGUGCAUACUGCAACAAUUACAUACAGAGCAGGCAAGAAAACACGGAGUUUCUGCAACUUAGUCAAACCCAGCUGCAUCAGUCAUCGGUGAACAUCGGGUUCAGUAACAUUGUUUACAAUAGUGCGAAUAGUGAACCACUCAACAGUUCCCGAAGCGGCUCCACAUCGUUAGCAGUGAUUGACAAAUCAACCACCCCGAAAGCAGAAUCCAGUGACCAAAAGUCCGGCCCGAAGUACAACGAUCUCAACAAAACCUCGCUCUCGGUGGAGGAAAGCAAUCUGAACUUUAACUUCGUCAAGAGCAAUGGCAAGUCGGUGUCUGCCAACAACUGCAGCGGUUCGUACAAGGGUUUAGCGACCGGCGGCGCUAACAACGGUGCCGGCCCAAGCUCGCAGCAGCCGGGACAGGGCAAAGGGGCCACUGCCGGGGGCAACUAUCCGUGCAAAAAAUGUGCCGUCAGUAACAAUCUUAGCAACCCGCCAACAUUGCACCUCGGCGCUGGGGGCACCGCCGGAGACGCGCCACACUUCCACCACGUGUGUCACGACCCGUCGCACGACAACUCGAACAACAGCCUUAAAAAUUCGCCGGCGCAUGGCGGAUCGGGCUCGUCGGGCCGGGCAGCCAACAUCAUAGCGUCAUCGGCCCCGACCAAAUCGUCCGGCAGCAGUGGCAGCGGCGGUGGUGGUGGCAAGGGCAGCACGCUCAUCAGCUCCUGCCAGGGUUCGUUCCAUUCGCUGCAGGGCGGUGGCUCGAUCAGUGUGGACGGUAACGGGUCGAACCUGCCACCGUACGGCCACCACAGCGUGUCGUCGAGCGGUGCCCAAACAGCGUCCGGUGGGUCGAUGCAACAUGCCUGCAGCAACCUGCUGUCCCAUCAUCAGGUUCAGCCGCGCCUGAGCUACUCCACCAGCCACACGGACUCGCCGAACGGGAGCGGCACCGUCCUGUACAACCGGUCGCGCAUCAACAGCCACAGCAACAGUGCGACGCCCGGUGAGCUCGAGCGGGGUGGAAGUGUUGCGGGUGGUAGCAGCAACGGCAAGCAUCAGCAGCAGCAGCAACAGCAGCAACAGCAGCAGCAGCAGCAGCACGGCACCAACUACAACGUGUUUAGUGUGAACUACGAACGGAAAAGUGCCAGUAUCGGGGGUGUCGCCAGUGGUAGCGGUGGUGGUGGUGGUGGUGGUGGAUUCGGUGGUAACGGUGGUGGUGGUAGCUGUAACGGUAACGGUAGUAAAACGAUAAACAAUAGUAGCAACAAAAGCAAUAAUAGCAACGGUGCCAUCAACGCGUCCAACAACAGUGGGAACAGCUACAGCUAUCACGCGAGUGAUAUUAGCCAGCUGCGCAACAUCAUCGAGCUGAACAAGCAAGUGAACGAUCUGAACUCGAAGAAUGUCGAGUACAACCGGCAGCUGAGCGCACCGGCCGAGAACAAUAUCAACAAGAGCAGUAGCAACUGCUACAGCAACAGUGUCUACAACCUGUUUUCCAAUCACAUUUUGCCUCAGUAUCACAGCAAUUCGCCCAACACUAAUAGCUUAAAUCGUGCUAAGAAGAAGCGUAGCUACAAGCUCAAUGGCAGCAGAUUGUUCAGUGCGGCCAGCUCCGACUCCAUAAGGUUCCACUCGAAUCUUUCGAACCAAAACGAUACCGAUCUGCGGGUGUCGAUCGACAACACCUGCACGGACUCGCUGGUGACUGCACUGGACGAUGAGGCGCUGCUAAUCACGGACUACAUGAACGACAUGGCUAAAUCGAAGGUACAUUUUGAUGACGUGUCCCUCUAUGGCACACCGAAGGAGGAACCGCUUCCCAAUAUUCCUCCUUCCAUAGAGAAACCGUCAUCGAAUUUCUUAAAGAAUCAGCUGCAAGCAUGGUUCCAACCGACCGACAAUCGGCUUGCCAUGAAACUGUUUGGCAGCAAAAAGGCGCUGGUGAAGGAACGCAUUCGUCAGAAAACGGCCGGCCACUGGGUCAUACAUCCGUGCAGUUCAUUCAGAUUUUACUGGGAUUUGUGCAUGUUGCUUUUGCUAGUAGCGAACUUGAUCAUCUUACCCGUAGCGAUUUCAUUUUUCAACGACGACCUGAGCACCAGAUGGAUCGCAUUCAAUUGCCUGAGUGAUACAAUCUUCCUUGUCGAUAUAGUGGUCAAUUUUAGAACAGGUAUUAUGCAGCAAGAUAAUGCGGAGCAGGUGAUACUCGACCCGAAGCUUAUUGCAAAGCACUAUCUAAAGACGUGGUUUUUCCUGGACCUGAUAUCGUCCAUACCGCUCGAUUAUAUUUUUUUAAUUUUUAAUCAGAUGCAAAAGUACAGUCAGGAUUUUUCCGAUUCGUUUCAACUGCUCCACGCUGGCCGAGCCUUGCGCAUACUUAGAUUGGCCAAACUGCUGUCGCUGGUCCGGCUGCUCCGGCUUUCUCGGCUCGUGCGCUACGUCUCCCAGUGGGAGGAAGUCUAUAUACUUCAAAACCUACAAAAAAAGCAUUCUAAUCGAAGAGGGAGAUCCUUUCAAAAAGAACAGACUAAAGGUUUUUCUAAGAGCAGCCUUAUUUUGAAGUUUCUCAACAUGGCGUCAGUGUUUAUGCGAAUUUUCAAUCUAAUUUGUAUGAUGUUACUGAUCGGUCACUGGAGCGGUUGCCUACAGUUUCUCGUGCCGAUGCUGCAAGGCUUUCCAUCCAACUCUUGGGUGGCAAUCAAUGAACUACAGGAAUCUUACUGGUUAGAGCAAUACUCAUGGGCACUGUUCAAAGCGAUGUCGCACAUGCUUUGCAUAGGAUACGGAAGAUUUCCCCCUCAAUCACUGACAGAUAUGUGGCUUACGAUGCUUUCGAUGAUAUCUGGUGCCACCUGCUACGCCUUAUUCCUUGGACAUGCUACCAAUCUCAUCCAGAGCCUGGACUCUAGUAGACGUCAAUAUCGCGAAAAGGUAAAACAAGUGGAAGAGUACAUGGCGUACCGGAAGUUACCGCGCGAUAUGCGACAAAGAAUCACUGAAUAUUUCGAGCAUCGGUACCAAGGUAAAUUUUUCGACGAAGAAUGCAUUCUCGGCGAGCUGAGCGAAAAACUGCGGGAAGAUGUGAUAAACUACAACUGUAGGUCCUUAGUUGCUUCAGUGCCUUUUUUCGCGAACGCUGAUUCUAAUUUUGUAUCAGAUGUAGUGACUAAACUUAGAUACGAAGUUUUUCAACCUGGUGAUAUUAUAAUUAAGGAGGGAACUAUAGGAUCAAAAAUGUAUUUUAUUCAAGAAGGCAUUGUAGAUAUCGUCAUGGCUAAUGGAGAGGUCGCUACAUCACUGUCGGAUGGAUCAUACUUCGGAGAAAUCUGUCUGCUAACAAAUGCCAGAAGAGUCGCCAGCGUUCGUGCCGAAACCUAUUGCAAUUUAUUUUCUCUCAGCGUUGAUCACUUCAAUGCGGUACUGGACCAAUACCCACUGAUGCGCAAAACGAUGGAAACGGUGGCCGCGGAACGGUUAAACAAGAUCGGUAAAAAUCCCAACAUUAUGGCACAGAAGGAGGAAUCGGAAUCGGGCAAUACGGAAACCAAUCAAAUUAGUGCUGUAGUGAACGCUUUAGCUGCUGAAGCUGAUAAUGUAGAUAAUUUAAGUGACGGUAACGGUAGCAUGAAGAAAGGCACUUCGCAAUCCAGCUUGAACGAGCUCAACCAAAGCUUGAAGAUGAGCUUACCCCGGCCGAAGAGCGGCGAGUUCAGGGCUCUUUUUGAGGGCUGCAGUCCGUAAAGUGCCGGCGUGCCGGCCAUUACACGGUUAGCAGGGCCCGGUAUCACCGUCAAGCGUACAGACCGCUGGGAUACCGGGAUACGGGCUUGCGUGUAGGGGCGUCCGCUGACGGGUGCAACCGCUCAUGAUCGCACUGAUGAUGGCGGUGAUCAUCACGAGUAUCAUGAGGGACGACGACGGCGGAAGUGACAACUGACAACAACAAGCAAAAACACAAUGAUCAAAUGAAGCAAUGAAAUAAUGGCAUCUACUCUUUUAGCGCAUAAGUUUAGUGACAAGCCGACGGACGCAAACACGUACAGACUCUUGUUAGACUCUUGUCUAACACCGAACUCACACACAACAAAGAAACACACCCAAGCACACUGGACAUUGCGUUUCGUUAUAUGGUGCAAUACUCGUAGUGGUUUUGUUGUCAAUCUUAGUUUUACUUCUUCGGGGCAAAACAAGGGGAUACGGGCAUUGCUUCCGGGAGGGAGCUUGUGUAGUAGAAAUCUGAAAUCUGACAAAGUAUAUACAUAUAUACAUAUAGGCAUAUAAGAAUAUACACAAAACGCGCGCGCAUAAACCAAUUAUACUUGAAGGGAAUCGUAGUAGAUCAGCGUAGUGCCAUUCACCACUUCUUCUUUCUUUAGUUCUUGGUGGUGCGAGACAUAGUGAUACAGUAGUGGGUAUAGCCGUGCACCACAUGAAAUGGAACCAGGCAGGGUUCGCCAGCGGGCGGAAGGAACACAAGGGUACGGAUGUUGUUAGUAAAAGGAGAUAGCAAGAGAGAUCGAGAGAGAGAGAGAGAACGCAAUACGACACAGGGAGAAGCGUUGGGCGGUAAAGGAAAACUGAGCUACAUCAUUAUAAAGCACACAUUGCCUGCAAGCAGCAAUGCAACAACGAGCAAACAAAAAACAAUAGCAACAACAACAAAAACACAAUUCCUUUCGUUUCCUGUACUCACCAGUAGUAGUAAACUCAGGACAGCGCGCAAUACACGCACCGAUGCGAAGAUGGCUGCUAAAUGUGACAGGACGCUUUGCCGCGCACUUCGAUGUUGAGCGAGCUUUUUUCUGCAGAACAGCUGAACGGCGAAAGAAAGAAAGCAACAACAACAAAAAAACGCACACAUACAAAGCGAAAGUAAUAAUAAAGCACAAUGACGCAAUGGCGCCAUCGUAAGGAUAAAACAGGCGAUAACAGUGGGCGAGCUGGGAACGUAAGAACAAUACCACAAAGCGAGAGAGAGAAAGAGAGAAAAUCUUUAUUUACCUUGGUGUGUUGGGGAGAGGAAAAUGGUAGAUGAGAAGGGAGGGUAAGAACAAUUAACAAAAUGGGGAAUUAGAAGAUGGGGCCUUAGGCGCAGGAAUGAAUGAACAAAACAAAGGAAAACAAAAACUCGUAACUAAGUAGAGAUUUACAAACACUAAACAAAUACAACAAUUUAAGAACACACACACACACACACAGAAACAAUAAAACAAUUAUAUAUACAUAAAAGAGGAUUUGGCGUGUAUUUUGCGCUGUACCAACACCACGGAAAACGUAGUGCACACGGACGCAUGAGUUGUGGAAGAUGGCACCAUCGUUUUUCGUGGUGUUAUUAGAGCGACAAAUGCACCCCUGGGGAGGGGAGAAGGAAAGGGUA